AUGGAAAAUCAUAUUGAAAUAACCCAUCAAACACUUGCUACAACCCUAUAUGAAGCCGCACUUGAGAAUAACGUCGAUUCCUUGAAUGAGUUGCUAGGAAUAGAUCGAUUUAUUCUCGAUCGAUGCAUCAUUGAAAAAUCAUGUAUCGUCAUGCAGUCUCCAUUACAUGUUGCUGUCAAAAUGGGGCACUUAGGAUUUGUAAAAAAAAUUCUAAGUGUGAAGCCGGAGAUGGCUGAGGUGGUUGAUCAAAUAAAAAGAUCAACACCACUACACAUUGCGGCUGCAAAAAAAGGGUGGUUACCAAUUGUCGAGAUGUUGCUCGAAGUGAAGCCGAACAUGUGUUUCGUGCACGAUCAAGAUGGAAUGACGCCCCUUCAUGUCGCAGCAGUAAAUGGUAACACCGACGUCCUUAUAGAGUUUCUCAAGAAGAAGCAUCAGGCUGCUUUGGAACGAACUACGAAAGGUGAGACUAUUUUACAUUUGUGCGUGAAAAAUUGUCAGCUAGACACAUUGAAAGCAUUGGUUAAGGAUACAUAUGAUCUUGAGUUACUUAACUCCGGGGAUAAUGAUGGCAACACUGUAAGAGUAUAG